CAUGUUUCAUCGAUCCUUAUAAAGGAAUUCAACUGCUGGGUUAAAUAAUGUUCUUUUUAACCACCUCGUUUCAGCCACAGGUCACUGUGCCAUUGACCCAUAUUAUCAAUGCUCUUCACUCGCUGAAAGCUUCGGCUAGCUCCACGGCCACCGCUGCAGUCCAGAGUCUACAGAGAGAGCUAUCACCUGAUCAGCACCACUCACCUGAAGCACAGACUAAACAGAACCAUAACGACCUUGGUCUAUCAGAGCUGAGACUGACUGGAGUAAAUGAGCUUUUAACCAGGCUGCUGCCCACUGUAAGCCCCAGUGAGAGUCAAGACCCCAGUGUCUGCCUUCAGUCUGCAAGAUGGAGGACGUCACACAUGUCUACAGAGUCCUUCUAUCACAACAAACAUGGUUUUCCUAGCAGACUGCCAGGACUCUUUGGCAAUCCAGUAUUCCACAGACCAAACUCUAGUCCUCUUCAGCUGGUUUGCUCAGACCUUCAGCAGCUGCAAGCAUGGGUCCAAAGCAGAGGUUUUAAAACUCUGAGUUCCAAGACUAGACGUCUGCCAUCCAGCUAUGAAAGUCCAGCAGAAUCAGAGAGCUACACUCCACCCUUCAUAAAGGGUCUCCUCAUGAGGGACAAAGCUGACACCGAGAGCAUUGACCAGUUAAUGAAACAAAGGAAUCUUUCAUCAAGCCAGCAAGAUGCUUUUAAGACGGGUUUUACUGAGGGCUUUAUGAAAUCUCAAAGUUUAAUUCAAAGGACACAAGAUUCACUUAGGAGAACCCGUCUGAUUUUGCUUGUUCUUCUGCUUGUUGGCAUCUACGGUCUCUCAAAAACCCCAUUUCUCUCGGGUAAAGGCUCCUUUUCUGAUGCUGUUCGCUUCCGUACUACAUCUGGCCUGGAUACUGCACUGGAUCCGGUUCAAAUGAAGAAUGUUACUUUUGAUCAUGUGAAAGGUGUAGAGGAGGCAAAAAACGAACUUCAAGAUAUCGUGGAGUUCCUGAGGAAUCCCCAGAAAUUCACUGUCCUUGGAGGAAAGCUACCCAAAGGUGUCCUGCUGGUGGGUCCUCCUGGUACAGGAAAGACUCUGCUUGCUAGAGCUGUGGCUGGAGAGGCUGAUGUACCGUUUUACUACGCAUCAGGAUCAGAGUUUGAUGAGAUGUUUGUGGGUGUCGGAGCAAGUCGUAUUAGAAAUCUCUUUAAAGAGGCAAAAGCUAACGCCCCGUGUGUGAUCUUCAUUGAUGAACUGGAUAGUGUGGGUGGAAAGAGAAUUGAGUCACCCAUGCACCCGUAUUCACGACAGACCAUUAACCAGCUGCUUGCUGAAAUGGACGGGUUUAAAGCUAACGAAGGAGUGAUUGUUAUUGGUGCUACAAAUUUUGCAGAAGCUUUGGACAAUGCUCUGGUAAGACCGGGUAGAUUUGACAUGCAUGUCACAGUCCCCAAACCUGAUGUGAAAGGACGUACAGAGAUCCUCAACUGGUAUUUGAAUAAAAUCAAAGUGGACCCUGCUGUGAAUGCAGAGAUCAUUGCUAGGGGAACAGUGGGUUUCUCUGGAGCAGAGCUGGAGAAUUUGGUGAACCAGGCUGCAUUAAAGGCUGCUGUAGAUGAAAAGGACAUGGUGACUAUAAAGGAACUAGAGUUUGCUAAAGACAAAAUACUCAUGGGCCCAGAGCGCAGAAGUGUGCAAAUAGACAAGAAAAACAAGACAAUAACUGCCUAUCAUGAAUCUGGUCAUGCCAUUGUGGCGUAUUAUACCAAAGAUGCCAUGCCCAUAAAUAAAGCUACGAUCAUGCCACGAGGGCUCUCACUUGGUCAUGUGUCUUUGCUCCCCGAAAAUGACCGGUGGAGUGAGACCCGUGCUCAGCUGUUGGCUCAGAUGGAUGUCAAUAUGGGUGGAAGGGUAGCAGAAGAGCUCAUCUUUGGUGGUGAAAACAUCACGACUGGAGCAUCAAGUGAUUUUGAUGGAGCCACUAGAAUUGCAAGAAUGAUGGUUACACAAUUCGGAAUGAGUGACAAGCUGGGAGUGAUGACCUACAAUGACCUGUCCAAACAUAGCCCAGAGACACAAGCUGCAGUGGAGCAGGAGGUCAGGAUCCUGCUGAAGGACUCGUACGAGCGUGCUAAGAAACUCCUAAAGACUUACAGCAAAGAGCACAAGAAACUGGCCGACGCUUUACUCACCUACGAGACUUUAGAUGCUAAAGAAAUUCAGAUGGUCCUAGAGGGCAAAACGUUGGACCCAAGAUGAUGUCAGUAGUUUUGUAGAAUGGAAUGAAGAUCAAUAAUAUAUUUUGUGUUUUACUAUGAAUUAGAAUCAGUUAAAACUUUUAUAAUGUUGAUGCAUCAUUGAAGAACCAAACCCUUGAUGUAAAUUUAGGCUUUUUAACCAAUUUUCAUUAGUAACAGCUUUUUACCCAGAUUAUUAUUACUAGUCUGGUAGGUCUUUCUAGUCUUGCAGCUUAACUACAGACCAGUCAAACCUUGUAGUGUAUUCUUGCAAGGUAAAAGUCACUUCAUUCAUCGUGUGUGCAAAUCAGGGAAGACGUUUGACUCCUGAUCUGUCUGUCAACUGUAAGAACAUCAAUUGUUCACUUGGAACAGAAUAAAACACAGAAGUUCUAGGACAAACCUGCUUUCCACAGUAGAAGUCCUCUGUAUUUUACUUGAAGCAUAACUGGUACUGUCACCUCACAGCAAGAAGGUCCUGGGUUCGAUCCCCAGGUGGGGCGGUUUGGGUCCUUUCUGUGUGGAGUUUGCAUGUUCUCCCCGUGUCUGCGUGGGUUUCCUGUCACAGUACAAAGACGUGCAAGUGAGGUGAAUUGGAGAUACAAAAUUGUCCAUGACUGUGUUUGAUAUAACCGUGUGUGAACUGUGUGUAAUGAGUAACUGCUGUUCCUGUCAUGAAAGUAACCAAAGUGUAAAACAUGACGUUAAAAUCCUAAUAAGCAAACUUGAACCAUAAAGCAGACUUGAUGUGCUGAAGUAGAACAGCCACACUGUACUAGCCAGGACAGUAGGUAGCCUAGUGGUUAAGGUACUGGACUAGUAAUUAAAAGGUUGCCGGUUCAAGCCUUGCCACCACCAGGUUGCCACUGUUGGGUCCCUGAGCAAGGCCCUUAACCUUCAAUUGCUCAUUGUUCAGUCAUAAUUGUAAGUCGCUUUGGAUAAAAGCGUCUGCUAAAUGCCAAAAAUGUAAAUGUACUAGCCCAUUUGUGAAAGCAAAGCACACUCCUGGUGAAUAAAGUUUCUUUUACCUGUAAAUCUUUCAUGCUGUAAUGUUUUUAAGUAAAACUAUUGUAAACGGUGUGGAUAUCACCUGCUGCAGAGAACUAGUCCUGGGAGAAAUGCAUUUAACUUUAAUAUGAACCAAAAAUGCAAUUUCUAAAACAUCAGUAUUAGUUUAUCAACUGUUUUCUCUAAACAUGAUGGGAUCUGUCUUUAAAGCAGCAUAUUGCUUCCAGAGUUACAAUUUCUGAAGAACUUUCUAGAAGAUUCAAACAUUAUUCAAGAUUCUUAUUUUCUCGAUAUUACUUGCAAUAAUAUUUUAAUGACUUAAAAGUCAAGAAUGAGUCAGCUGACACUUAGACUUUUCUGUAGUUUUUCUGAUCUGAGUCAGCUGACACUUCAACUUCUGGUCAGAAUGAACUUGAAUGCCGUGUAAACAGCUCUGAUUUUAUUUCGUUGUAUUUAUUUCUCUGUAGUCAUUCUGAUAUGUUUAAGAAGCCUGUAUUUGCCUCAUUAACUGUGACCAGUUUGUGGAUGGUAAAUCUUUGAUGGCAACCCUGUAUAUACCAGUUAAUGUAAGCUGUUCAUGUGUGCUUUCUGAAUUGCUGAGACCUAAUUAACUUGAUUAUGAAACAAACAAUGAUGAAUUAAUAAAGUCUGCUGAAAAUC